AUGGAUGUUGGUUUUGUGAAUGAUCCUGAAGCCAGCAAGGACUCGCGGUGCCACUGGUCUCAGAUCCUCGUGCCAGAAGAGCUCAAGAGUAACCGAUCGGCUGACAAAGCCUCAGAAGCAUGGCUUGAUCUCGGAAGGUACGCAAGGGAAGUGCUUGCUGCCCAGGACGAUCGCCGCUUCGUCUUGGGCUUUACUAUUUGCGGGUCUCUCAUGGGGAUAUGGGCGUUUGACCGGCUUGGGGGCAUCGCAUCCGAACAGUUCGACGUUAACGAAGAUAGGCUGCGGUUUAUGAACGAAGGGCAGCUUGGGUAUAAUCCGACCAUUAUGACAGCAAAUAAGGAGCGCUUCAUUAAAAUCACGCGAAACGGUUCAACAGAGCGAAUCAUUGUCGACGGGGUGAUGCAGCGCGCACGUUGCAUAGCUGGCCGGGUGACGACUUGCUGGAAAGCCCAUCGAGAAGGGAGGCCAGAGAUGCCACUUGUUAUCAAGGAUUCGUGGCAGUUUUCGGAACGCGAUGAAGAAGGAGAACUGUUACAAGAAGCGACUGGCAAAGGUGUUGUCAACGUGGCCCGGUACUACCACCACGAGACAGUUACGGUUCACGAGAUGGAUGACGAGAUUCCGGGCAACAUUCGAGGAGGACUGGACAUCACAAGAGCGGCAAACUACAGGCGCGAACGUCCGACUCGGUUGAACAACAACCCGGCUGGCACGUCGAGGAAUGGCCGCUACAGCAGUCGAAAGCGGUCAUCUAGCCAAACCGGCGCUUCUUACCCUCCAGCAAGCGAUCCUGCUCCAGGUCUCCAACCAAGACUGCCAGUACCCUACCCAAUAGGGUGCAUCGACGUGUCAUUUUGA